AUAACCCCUCUUUACAGAAUUUUUUUUCGUUCACAUUAAAAAGGCUUGCUGAAACACCGCAAACUGUAUUGUUUUGCGAAGAUUUAAGCGUCUGUUUUCUCUUUGUUUGUUUAGUAGGGAUAGUUCACACAUUUGCCCAACCCGGCAAACAAAACAGACGCAUGUAACAAGGUCUACUUUCAAUGCAAAUGAUGUUCACAAUACACACAUACCAUUGACCAUAUGCUAACACAAUUGCAAUUAUUUUUCUUUUCAGGAGAUGGUGAGACGUUUGCACAACUCAAAUGAAGAUGACAAGAAGUAUGAGGGGAAGGAAGGACUCAACUCACCCCACAAUUUAGCAGUGACGACCUUUCUUGUGAAAGAAAUUGCUGCCAUCGGCGAGCAUCCGUCAGACAUGAUCCGAGCCGCGUGUGUUGGUUACUACGAGACCAUUCGUCGGAACUACACACUCAGCCUGCCAGAAAACAAAGAAAAGAAGGAAAAAGAAAAGAAAGAGAAGCGCCUUCGGUCCCGGAGAAAGAGGUUGCUGGACGUGAGAAGCGAAGUCGUCCAGACUGAGGAAGAGGAGGGGAUCUGGGCAGGAGUAACCCAGGAACUCAUGUCGGACGAGGAGGAUAGCAGUUCGAACGGGAUGGCCGUGUGGCUGGUGAAGCCCCCUGUCUUCAGAAGCCAACAGCUUUCCGACCUUUGCAGCGCACUGCAGACCAGGCUGGAGGCUGACCCCAAGUACCUGGCCGCCAACCGCAAACCGAGACUGAGGGUGGAAGGCACACAGAGUGACAGGGACCUCCCUCGAGUCUACGACCCCGACCGGGCCGCUGUGCACUUCACCCCCGGAAGCGCUCCCCGCCCAGCAGUCCGGCCCUGUCUGACAACCAUCUCCGCCAACAACAACAACCGGUCCUCAACCUCCAACCGCACCCCGCCGCCCCGCCGACCGACAGGAAGAAGCUUAGCCUUCCAGAGCGAAGACUCUCCUUCACGGGCUCUUGAAGGAUACAAUGUAGCUAGCUUUGUUGAUGAAGAUUUUCUUUCGGACAUGGAUGACAAUUCGUUGACCCCAUUGUAGUUUAACGUGGCCAGCAUGACUUGUUUUUUUAGCUUACCCUUUGUAUCCUUUUAAUUACUUAACAACUUCUACUUAUUUCGAAAUUUAUCUUUCAACAUUUGUACAGUAGUAAAGAAAACAUUACUUGUACAGUGCAAAGUUAGUCUGUAUGUUAAUCGUUUGCCUUGUAUAUCCAUCGUAUUCUAGUGUCCUUUCUUGCUAUGUGUUACUGUUAGGACGAUAGUUAAACAUGUAGGCGCCAUUUACGUUUUGCUUGUACGGAAGACUAUUUACACUUUGAGUUUAUUCCAGGGUAAUUCCAUUCCCGAGUGUACGCUACGACAUUCAAUUGACGAUUUCUAU